CAUUGAUGCAGCCUUGACAUAUCACACCAACAUUGUUGACCAUGCAUCCAAUUUUCUAUGCCAUCAUAGGCGUUAUCAUUAUCCUUGUUCUCGGGCCCGCCGUGUUCGCAGACCGCAGUCCUAUCCCAGAAACCUCUGGCAAAGUCUCCAAAGUCCUCGCACCAGUGGAUAUUGAGACGAUUCUUAAGUCAUCAAAAUACGUCGUCGUCGACUUCUACGCAGACUGGUGUCCCCCAUGUCGCACUAUUGCACCCAUCUUCUCCAAGCUUGCCGAUGACCACGCGGUAUCCGGCCAGCUCGGCUUUGCCAAAGUCAACGUGGACCACGUGAAGGAUGUCGCGAAAAAGUAUGGAAUCACGGCCAUGCCUACGUUCUUAUUGUUCGAGAACGGCGAGCCGACGCAAGUGAAGGUCGUGAGGAAGGGUGUGGAGGAGAGUCUUGGGCAGGUCAGGGGUGCAGAUGUGACGCUGUUGAAGAGCGUCGUGCAGACGUUGGCGAAGGAAGUGGGAAGCUCAUAGGCAAGUGCCCCGACUGAGGUUAUAGAGUGCUUGCCUCCUAUGAGAAAUGUAUAUAGUGUGGGUGUAUCUCAACAAUGAGCUCAUUUGAAAAGCUUUCGAGGGUAUUACG